AUGUAUGCGCAUAAAGAUUCAACAAGAAAAGUAACAGACGAAUUUCUGAACGGAGCAGAGAUAUUCAUGUACCAGGCCGGACAGACGCCUCUCACAAAAGAAACGGGUAAAAUGUUAUGUCCAUGUCGUAAAUGCAAAAAAACGAAGUUUGCUGCUAGUGAAACCGUUUGGAAACAUAUAGUAAAUAGAGGAUUUACUCCACAUUACUAUAUUUGGUUUAACAAUGGAGAGGGUGAUAAUAGGAAUGAAGCUAGUGGUAGUAAUCAUGUUGAAAAUGUUCGUAACAGAGAUGAACCACAUUUGCCUUCUGAAAGUGUUAUUCAAGAAAAUCAUAUGUUAGAUCAUGAUAGAAUGCAUGAUAUGGUUACCGAUGCAUUUCGUGAAACAACAUCAGUAAUAGAGGAGGUUGAAAAUGUAGAGGGGCCUAAUUUGGAUGCAAAAAGAUUUUAUGAAAUGCUAGCAGCAGCAAAUGAGCCAAUCUAUGAAGGUUGUAGAGAAGAUAACUUGUGUGCUGAAUCUUAUUAUGAGAUUCAGAAACUUGUUCAUAGUCUUGGCUUACCUUCGGAGAUGAUUGAUGUGUGUAUAGACAACUGUAUGAUAUACUGGGGAAAAGAUGCAGAAUUGUUAGAGUGUAAAUUUUGCAAGAAGCCAAGAUAUAAACCGCAAGGACGUGGACGAAAUAGGGUGCCGUACCAGCGGAUGUGGUACUUACCAAUCAAGGAUAGACUCAAGAGAUUAUAUCAAUCUGAAAAAACGGCAGCGUCGAUGAAAUGGCAUGCAGAACAUGAUCAGAAGGAAGGAGAGAUCAAUCAUCCCUCUGAUGCCAAAGCGUGGAAACAUUUGAAUAAUGUCUAUCUUGAUUUUGCAAGCAACCCCCGCAACGUUUAUCUUGGGCUCUGCACAUAUGGCUUUAGUCCAUUUGGAAUGUCUGGAAGACAAUACUCUCUCUGGCCAGUCUUCUUGACGCCAUACAACCUUCCACCAGAGAUGUGCGUGCAGACAUAUGAUUGUUCAACGAGAACAAACUUUACAAUGCGAGCAGUUCUACUGUGGACUAUUAGUGAUUUUCUUGCAUAUGGGAUGUUGUCGGGCUGGACGACGCAUGGGAGGCUAUCUUGUCCAUAUUGUAUGGGAAGCACAGACGCAUUUCAGUUGAAGCAUGGUAAGAAGACGUCCUGGUUUGAUUGUCAUCGGAGAUUUCUUCCAAUUAACCAUCCGUACCGAAGGAACAAGAAACACUUUCGGUCAAAAAGGAUAGUAAGGGACACCGCUCCACCAUAUUUAUCUGGAGAGGAAAUCGAGAAGGAUAUUGAUUACUAUGGUGGACAAAGCACAGUUGCCAAAGGCGGUAAUUGGCAUAAUCCUCCGAAUAUGCCUAAUGGUUACGGAACUCAGCAUAAUUGGCACAAGAAGAGUAUAUUUUGGGAACUUCCAUAUUGGAAAGAUCUGCUGCUGCGCCACAAUCUGGACGUGAUGCAUAUAGAGAAGAACUUCUUUGACAACAUCAUGAAUACGUUGUUGAACGUUCCUGGGAAGACAAAAGAUAACAAGAACUCAAGGUUGGAUUUACCUGCAUUAUGUUCUCGGAUUGAACUGCAUAUUAUGAACGAUGGGAGAAUUCCAGUUCCCAUUUUCAGAUUGUCAGCACAAGCAAAAGCUGCGUUGUUCAAGUGGGUGGCGUCAGAUGUGAAGUUUUCUGAUGGAUAUGUUUCAAAUCUAUCAAGAUGUGUUAAUCAUCAGGGACAAAAGUUUUCAGGAAUGAAGAGUCAUGACUGUCAUGUUUUUAUGCAACGACUUCUGCCAUUUGCACUUGCGGAGUUGCUUCCAAAAGAGGUUCACGAAGCACUUGCAGGCAUCGGAGCUUUUUUAGAAGAUCUUAGUGCACGCACCUUAACUGUAGACGUCAUCACACAACUUGAUGCGAAUAUCCGGAUCUUGAUGUGUAAUUUGGAGAAAAAUUUUCCUCCGUCCUUUUUUGACGUCAUGAAACAUCUGGUUAUCCACCUUCCGUAUGAGGCAAUGCUACGUGGACCUGUUCAUAAUGGAUGGAUGUAUCCUUACGAACGAGCUAUGAAAUAUUUGAAAGGCAAAGCAAAAAAUCUGGCAAGGGUGGAAGGUUCAAUAGUUGCUGGGAGUUUGAAUGAGGAAACAUCUCACUUUACGUCCUACUACUUUGCGUCACAAGUCCGGACCAAAAAAAGGAAUACGAGCAGAUAUGAUGAUGGUGGUGUUAUGCCGACAUAUAUUGUUGAAGAUGUUCCAGACAUAUUUAUUCAGAUUGGACGGCUUGGUGGAAAACUAAAAGAAGUUUGGUGGUCAAGUUCUGAAGACGCACAUAGUGCCCACACAUAUAUACUUACGACUCAUGUACGACUCAUGUACGACUAA